AGGGUUACGAUGUAGGCAGCCAAGAUUCUGACAGCAGUGAGCACAGCAGCAGCCCAGAACCAUCGGAUCGCGUCGGACCCCUCCUUCCGCCACUUCCGCCGCCGAUCACGCUGCCCCGUCCGAUUCCAUCCAUCCGCCGUCCUCUCUCUUCACACACUUUUCGCGUCCGCCCUUUCCGUCCCGAAUCCACAACUCAUAUCCGUACACAGACUACGUCGCGCCCUCCUUCCGCCGUUCCUCCGCCGAUUCUCAUCCGCCAUGGCUCCCCCCGCCAGCACCUCCCUCCUCUCGCGCGCGCGCCAGGCGCUCGCCAAGUACGUGCGCCCGCCGUGGAACUACACCGGCCCCACCGCGUCCGCGGAGUUCCGCGAGUCCGUCCCCGUGCUCGGGGAGUACCGCCCCUUUGCGCCCACCAACCCGCCCGCCAAGGCGUCCAUUCCGCAGAGCGAUCUCGACCGCGUCUUUAAUAUUAAGUACCACGACCGGGAGCGGCGCCGCGCGGUAUUCGAGACUAAGAAGGAAACUCUGACAGUUGCGCAGCUCACGGAGCAGAUCCGCGGAGGCGGAGCGAGCGCGGAGGCUUCGGGGGAGGCGGUCGGGGAGGCUGCGGGGACGGGGGGAAGCGCAAGCGGGGCUUCCGCGGAGUAUUCUCCGCCGACCCCUGGGAAGUGGUAUUUCUACGGGCAGGAGCGACAUCUGAACGAUUGCCCUGGCGACGGUUACCAGAAGUGAUGUGUUACAGUGGAUUGGUCGUGCUUUUAGGGUUUCGAGAUAUUUGAGUGAGGGGAAUUGGUUAUUUGUGAAGUGUGUUUCUAAAAGCAUUAUUUCAGCAUAAGAAACCUAUUUUGUUUCUGUACUGCAUCCGAGAUAUAAGU